AUGCUUAUCGAGGAUUAUUCAUUUUUUGCACCAGAAAAUAAAACCUUAAAAAAAAUUUAUGAGCAAGGAAGAAAGUUACAACUAACAGAACAAAAUUAUGAUAAAACUAUACAACAUGGUUGUAUCCGUAAAAUAUUUCUACCAUUUCAUGAUCCGUUCUGUGAAUUACACAUACCGGUGCUUACCAAUCUUAUUCAGUGUUCCUGUUUUCAGAGUCCAAUUCUGAAACAGCCAUGUGAUGCUGAAUUUGGGACGAAAGUACGCAACGAAGGACCAAAAAUAGCUGUGCCAAUGUGUUUAAAAACAUUUGGAAAUCUAAAUGAACUCUUGGAUAAUACUUAUGAUUUUGGUAUCAUAGGGCCAGCAAAAUAUGAGAAAACAAGAACAAAAAAUUAUCCAUUAUGUUAUGAUAUGAUAGCAAUUGAUUCAUAUAAACAUGGAAUUGAACAUCGGAGUGGACCAUUCGACGAAAUUAUCAGUUAUUUGUAUAAUGUAAGCAAGAGUGUUAAUAUAAUGCGCCGAAUAAUGACAUUUACAGUAUUGGUACCUGGUACCAAUUAUACCACAACACGUUAUUUAUAUACAUGCUAUCAACGAGAAAAUUAUUAUCCAUGCAAUGGACCUAUAACCAUUCGUAAGCAAUUAUUACCGGAAAUUAUUUGGGAAGAAAGUACAAAAUAUAGUUCAAAGGAGAGAUCAUUAUGUCAAGUUGAUGGUUAUAGUAAUCGUAUCAGAUGUAAAUCACGCAAAGGAUGUUUCGAUUUUCAUACCGUUCACGGAUUUCGAAUGCGUGGAUGUAUCGAUAAAAUCCCUAAAAUAGUAUCUAUGAUGCCAAAAUUUCGACUACUUUACACUUGCUAUGGUCACGUUUGGAUUACGGGAAAUGAAAAUACACGUUGUAUUGCCGUAAGUGAGAAUGAUUUUAAUUCCACAGUUCCGCUUACGGAUGGAAUUCUUUGUUGCUGUCGUUCAACGUGUAGAAUGUCUGAUAGUAAUUCGUAUAUGGAAAUGCAACAUGGCUAUUAUCCAUUUCAAAUGUGA